AUGACUCUUACGAUGUAUACUGACUCGCCCCGGCGUCUUGAACGACGCAGAUUCCUGGUCGAUUUGGAGUACAAAAUUGAGACUCUCCAGGCCCACAAGCUCGACCUACUGCAGCUGAAAGAGCUGAAGGUUGAGAUCCAACAACUGUCCCUCUGUGGGGCUCCUGCCCCAUUCUCGCUUCAACCCAGUGCUGACGACUACAAGUUCUGGAAGGAUGUGUACGAAUCCAUGCAACCCGAAUUUGCGGUCUUCCAUAUGACCGAUAUGCCUGGGCGCGGCUUCCCGCACAUGAUGGCGGUCAUCUACAACGGCCUAGAGGUCGAGAAUCAAGGGGCUCUUCGGGGCGAGCUGUUGAUCAUUCUCCGGAUGAUGAUCUGUGCCAGGUCAUGAUUAUCUCCUUUAUGAAAAAGUCUGCACGGGCGAUGGAGGCAUACUUCGAUGGCGAACGCCUCGUCCUGGGCUGCACAGAUCUCUUUAGUGCCCGCCACCAGAGCGCGACGGUCGGUAAAUUUCGGUUGGUUUACGGCAUUCAUGUCUGGUUGAG